UAGUGAUGUGAGAUUAAAUAUUGUAGCAUACAGUGUAGCGUGAGAUAAAAAUAAAAGUUAAACAUAUUUUCCCUCCCCAUUUCUCUAUAUACUCAACGUCUCUUACAAGUUUCAUUCAUCUUUCAAUAGCCUCAAAAAAACAGAAAUAUGAGGAUUUUACUGCUUUCAUGGCUCUUAUUUAGUUCAUAUUUUGCAAUUUUCCUUAGUAUUAGCAACUUAGUUUUAGUUUCUGGUCAAUGUCGAAACGAUCAAAAACAGUUGUUGCUCGACUUGAAUUUGACAAGCAGCUCCGAUCUUUUUAUAUAUCCUAUUCCAUUAGGAAAGCUGAUGAAAUGGAACCAAGCCAUGGAUUGCUGUUCCUGGGAUGGUGUAAGUUGCGAUGGCGGUGGUCAUGUCAUCGGUCUUGACUUGAGCAACCGAGCAAUUUCAAGCUCAAUUGACGGUUCAAGUAGUCUUUUUCGUCUUCAACAUCUUCAGCGACUCAAUUUGGCUUCUAAUCAGUUCAUGACUGCUUUUCCCGCUGGAUUUGAUAAAUUGGAGAAUUUGAGUUAUCUUAAUUUAUCCAAUGCUUGCUUUACAGGACAAAUCCCAGCUAAGAUUUCACGCUUGACAAGGUUGAUUACUCUCGAUUUAUCUACAGAUCCAUUCUUGAGUGGAGAACCAUUGAAACUUGAGAAGCCGAACCUAGAGAUGCUUGUUCAAAAUCUGACGAGGCUAAGAUUUCUCUAUCUUGAUGGCGUAAAUAUAUCAGCUAUGGGGAAUGAAUGGUGUCGGGCAUUAUCGCCGUUGACUGAGUUGCAAGUUUUGAGCAUAUCCAACUGUUAUCUUUCAGGACCUAUACAUUCUUCACUUUCCAAGCUCCAAUCUCUCUCAGUAAUUUGCUUGGACUACAACAACUUGUCUGCUUCAGUUCCACAAUUCUUUGCAGAAUUCCCAAACCUGACUUCCCUUAGUCUUAGAAGCACUGGGUUGAAUGGAAGACUGCCAGAUGAAAUUUUCCAGAUACCUACCUUACAGACACUUGAUUUGUCAUACAACAUGUUACUCAAAGGUUCAUUUCCAAAUUUUCCUCUCAAUGCUUCUCUUCAAGCUCUCGCACUUAGCAGCACAAAGUUCGGAGGACAAAUUCCAGAAUCUCUCGAUAACCUAGGACGACUGACAAGAAUAGAGCUUGCUGGUUGCAAUUUCAGCGGACCCAUACCCAAAGCAGUUGAGAAACUUACCCAACUUGUCUCUUUGGAUUUUUCCAAUAACAAUUUUUCUGGUCCAAUACCGUCCUUCUCUUCAUCGAGGAAUCUUACCAACCUAAGCCUUGCUCAUAAUAAGUUAGUCGGCACAAUUCAUUCCACUGACUGGUCAAGCCUUUCAAAGCUAGAAGAUGCUGACUUAGGAGACAACAAGCUAAGUGGAACCAUUCCACCAACUUUGUUUGGCAUUCCAUCACUGCAGAGACUUGACCUUUCUCACAAUCAAUUCAAUGGCAGCAUUGGUGACUUUCAUGAUAAGGCCUCUUCACUGCUUAAUACCCUUGAUCUUAGCAACAACAAGUUAAAAGGGCAAUUUCCAACGUCUUUGUUUGAACUCCGUGGUCUAGAAAUCCUACAUCUUUCUUCAAACAACUUCAGCGGUUUGAUACCAAUGAAUGCCUUUCAGAACUUGGGGAAUCUUUUGUCUCUUGAUCUCUCACAUAACAGGUUGUCUAUUGAUGCCACUGCUACUAAUAUUUCCUUGCUUUCUUUCCCCACAUUUACCGGAUUGGGGCUGGCAUCUUGCAACUUAACAGAGUUCCCUGGUUUCUUGAAAAAUCAGUCCAGCUUAAUGUACCUUGACCUUUCCAACAACCAUAUUCAUGGGAAAAUACCCGAUUGGAUUUGGAAACCGAUAGAUCUUUUGCGCCUAAAUCUUUCUGAUAACUUUCUUGUUGGGUUCGAAAGACCUUUGAAGAACAUAACUUCUAGUGUUCAGAUUAUUGACCUGCAUGUCAACCAAUUACAAGGGGAAAUCCCAAUUCCUACAUUAGAUGCCACCUAUCUGGAUUACUCAGACAACAAUUUCAGCUCCGUUUUACCAGCUCACAUUGGUGACUCCCUCCAGCGUGUUUCUUUCUUUUCCAUCUCAAAUAACAACAUUCAUGGGAGUAUCCCUCCAUCGAUAUGCAGCAGUACAUCUCUUAGAGUACUCGAUUUGUCUAAUAAUUCACUGAGUGGGCCAAUUCCUCAAUGCCUCUUUCAGAUGAGCGGAUCUCUUGGAGUAUUGGAUUUAAGACAAAACAAUCUCAGUGGCAUCAUUUCUGACACUUUUUCAAAAAGUUGUAAGUUACAAACUCUCAAACUCGAUCAAAACCGAUUGGAAGGAAAGGUUCCAAAAUCACUAGGGAAUUGCAAAAUGCUGGAGGUUUUAGACAUUGGCAACAAUCAGAUCAAUGAUUCAUUCCCAUGGCAUUUGAAGAAUAUAGCCAAGUUGCACGUCCUUGUUUUACGUUCCAACAAAUUCAACGGUCACAUUAAUUGUUCUGGAAAUAAUGGUGGAUGGUCAAUGCUUCAGAUUUUUGACUUAGCAUCCAACAAUUUUAGUGGUAAACUGCAUCUGACAUGUUUGGGGACGUGGGAUGCUAUGCAGCAUAACCCAUAUAGUAACCUGUUAGAGCUCAAACAUCUCCAUUUUGUAGAUUCUGGUUCUGGAGGCGGUACUAGAUAUCAAGAUGCAAUAACAAUUACCACCAAAGGUUUAGAGUUGGAGCUGGUGAAGAUCCUGCCCGUAUUCACCUCCAUUGACAUUUCAUGGAACAACUUUGAAGGGCCAAUACCAGAAGUAAUCGGCAAAUUCAAAGAACUUCAUGGCCUUAACUUUUCGCAUAAUGCUUUCACAGGUCCAAUCCCAUCAUCUUUCGGAAACCUGCGAGAGCUUGAGUCCUUGGACCUCUCAAGCAAUAGCCUACGCGGUGAGAUCCCUUUGCAGCUAGCAAACCUCAAUUUCCUUUCAUGUCUUAAUGUCUCAAAUAAUAAGCUAGUGGGUCCAAUCCCAACGAGCACCCAACUUCAAUCAUUUCCAGAAGCUUCAUUUGAGAACAAUGCCGGAUUAUGUGGACCUCCUUUGAAGACAAAGUGCGGAUUGCCACCAGGUAAAGAAGACAGCCCUUCAGAUUCUGAGACAGGGAGCAUUAUACACUGGAAUCAUUUAAGUAUCGAGAUAGGGUUUACCUUUGGAUUGGGAAUUAUCAUUGUACCUCUUAUCUAUUGGAAGAGAUGGAGGAUCUGGUAUUUCGAGCGUAUCGAUCUUGCUCUGUCCAGGCUUUUCCCUCACCUUGGUCGUGAAACAAAAAAGCAUGGGAGGAGAGCAAAGCAGAACCAAAGGGGAGGACCCAGCAACGAUUGGGAUUAACGAGUAGGGAAUAAGUUAAAAGAGGUACUUAGCUAUCUCUUUCCUUGUAUCAUCCAGUUUCAGGUUUCUGUUUCCACUGUAUGCUGUUUUUUCUGGUUAUGUUUUCCUCUUUUUAUUUUGCUUUAAUAUGUGCAUCCUGUUUCUUUUCGAUUAAAUAAGUUGAAUUAUUUUCUACCAAUACAA